AUGCUAUGUCUAUCUGUCGCCAUUCGUUUCUACUUUUAUUUCACCUUUCCCUGUCUUACUCUUCUUCUUCUUAAUAUCAUGAAUAUUAUAUCUCAUUCUGUUUGUAUCUAUCUAUCUAUCUAUCUAUCUAUCUAUCUCAUCUGUUCAUAUCUAUCUAUCUAUCUAUCUCAUCUGUUCAUAUCUAUCUAUCUAUCUAUCUAUCUAUCUAUCUAUCUAUCUAUCUAUCUCAAUCUGUUCAUAUCUAUCUAUCUCAGUCUGUUCAUAUCUAUCUAUCUAUCUAUCUAUCUAUCUAUCUAUCUAUCUAUCUAUCUAUCUAUCUCUAUCUAUCCGCCUAGUCUGUAUCUAUCUAUGGUUCCGCCACAGUCUGUUCCUAUCUAUCUAUUCUAUCUAUCUAUUCCUAUCAUCUAUCUAUCUAUCUAUCUAUCCGCCAUCAGUAUCUAUCUAUCUAUCUAUCUAUCUAUCUAUCUAUCCGCCACAGUAUCUAUCAUCUAUCUAUCUAUCUAUCUAUUUAUAUCUCAUCUAUCUAUCUAUCUAUCUAUCUAUCUAUCUCAGUCUGUUCAUAUCUAUCUAUCUAUCUAUCUAUCUAUCUAUCUAUCUAUCUAUCUAUCGACGUAUUUGAGCAAUGUCUUUCAAUCAUCACGUUUCUCAAACAGUAACAAUCAUAUAAUCGGUAAAUGUCGCGCCUAA